AAAAAAUUUGUAUGUUUAUUCAACUUGCAGAUGUCUAAAAACAUUAACAGCAGGUUAUUCGAAGCUAACCCCAGUCAAGACCAAUCCACUGAGGAAGAGCCACCGAGUUCAGGAGAGAUGUCAGGUGAGGGUGAGGAAGAGCCGACUCCCGUGCCAUUAUAUGCAGAUCCUCCAGUGAUACUUCGAGCAUAUAUUCCCGGGAUUGAGCGCGGGCCUUUACCAGCAUGUGCAGAGGGGUACAGACUCAAGCAGACAGAAAAGUACAUGCUUGCAAAAAAACGAUUGGAUGAAUGGGGCCCACAGAUUGAUGAGAUUUUAUCUGAUGCAAAAAAUGAAAUCAGACAAAGAUUUGGAGAAAAACUUUACCAGAAAAAAGGACGCCAAGGAAGUGACUUCAAAAAAAAGUUACCGCCGGAUGGUUUUCGAGCAAUUGUGAGAUGGGGACAUAAUGGGAUUCCAACCGGACAAUGGGCUAAUAACUUUAGCUCAUACCUUGGAUGCUUGAUACGGAGGAGUGAUAAUGUGAAUCCUUAUUACGAGGCUUGGGAGCAGCCAUUUCAUGUCCUGGAGAGUAUAUAUCGAGAAUGUUAG